UUUUAAGUCGCGCGCUGAUGACGCCCGCAGCGAGAGGAGGUGCGGGUCUGCCACGUCGGUCUCCGUGAAACGCAUUUUACACUGUUGCUCCUGGAAGCUCCUGGUGCUAACUUUUUAAAAGCUGCUCUUAUCGCGGUUCAACCGGAGAGAAAGCGGACCGUCCAGCAUCACCGGCGCCGCCGUAGCCCGUCGCCGCAGCGGCGCAGUCGGGCACAUUGAAGCUGGGAGGGCGAAGAAAUGCUCGGUGCUGUCUGGACUCGUCAGACUGGAAGACACACAACUGACUGAUGCAUCCUCGUCCAGUGCACCCCUUCGUAUGCUGUUGGCCUGGCUGUACAUGGUGGCUCAUUGAGGAGAACGAGAGCAGUCCCAGCGGCUGUUGGUUGGUGGGCGGCGUCCGUGCUUGCCACGGUAACUGGCGACCAUGCCAGGUGGUCGCAGGGGUCCCAGCAGACAGCAGCUAAGUCGCUCUGCUCUGCCGUCCCUGCAGACUCUGGUUGGAGGCAACCUCGGCAAUGGUACAGGCCUCAGGAACAGGAGCAACAACUCGGUGGGUCUGUCUGCACCCCCCCUCUCCGCGCUCAUUACUCCGGAGCCGGUCCGUCACUCGAGGAUCCCCGAGCUGCCGUUAGACAGCAGCCUGCUGUUUGAGUUCCUGCUCUUUCUGUAUUUGCUGGUGGCCUUGUUUGUCCAGUACAUCAACAUCUACAGGACAGUCUGGUGGUACCCAUACAGCCACCCUGCUGCCUCUACCUCGCUUAACUUUCAUCUAAUGGACUACCACCUGGCCAUCUUCAUCACAGUCAUGUUGGCCAGGAGGCUUGUUUGGACGAUAGUUUCGGAGGUGUCUCAGAGCAGCGGUGGAUCGCUGCUCCGCUAUGUGGUUCUGAUCGCAGCUCGGCUCAGCCUGCUGACCAUGUGUGGCUGGGUGCUCUGCUGGACACUGGUCAAUCUCUGCAAGAACCACUCUGUGCUCAACCUGCUCUUCCUGGGAUACCCAUUUGGCGUGUACGUCCCGCUUUGCUGUUUCCAUCAGGAGGGAGGGAAAAGCCAAACGGCACCGACCGACUGCGAUUACCCAGCAGACCACCAGCAGACUGAACUCACAGAGACCCCGUUCUUUCGCCCACGUGACUUCCUCUUUCUGUUACGAGAGAACCUCCGAGAGCAGUUUUCCAGCCCGCCACACAUGCCUAUACACACCUGCCCACCACACACACACUCGCACACGCCGGAGUUGAUUCGAGCAGAGGUGGAGGAGCUGAAGAGCGACUUCAACCGGCGAAUCAAGGAAGUGCUGUUCAACUCCCUGUUCAGUGCUUACUACGUAGCCUUCCUGCCUCUCUGCUUUGUCAAGAGCACCCAGUACUAUGACAUGCGCUGGUCAUGUGAGCAUCUGAUCAUGGUGUGGAUAAAUGCGUUUGUGAUGCUGAUGAGUCAGCUGCUGCCCCCCAGCUACUGCGACCUGCUUCAUCGCUCGGCAGCUCACCUGGGCCGCUGGCAGAAACUGGAGCAUGGCUCGUACAGCAACGCACCUCAGCAUGUGUGGUCAGAAAGUACCAUUUGGCCUCAGGGGGUGUUGGUACGACACAGUCGAUGUCUAUAUAAGGCAGUCGGGCCCUAUAAUGUUGCUCUGCCUUCUGAUGUUUCCCAUGCAAGGUUUUAUUUCCUGUUCCACAAGCCAUUGCGGAUCCUGAACCUGCUGAUCUGGAUCGAGUCCAGUGUGGUUUUGUACCAGUUAUACUCUCUGCUGCGCUCUGAGCGCUGGAACCACACUUUGUCUCUGGGCCUUAUUCUCUGCUGCAACUACUAUGUUCUUUUUAAACUGCUCCGAGACCGCAUUGUGCUGGGCAAAGCCUACUCCUACCCUCUGUCCUCCAACAGUUUGGGGCUCAAGUCGCAGUAAAGGCUCUGCACAGUGAGACCUCACCUACGAACUCUGGAAGUGGAGGGGAGAUGGGUGGAGGUCUGGGCAAGACCAGAGGGUUGAUUUGGCGCUCAUUCUUGGGGGUUAAGGGACAGACUGUGAACUCAUAAUCGUGUUUUGAUACGGUUCUAUUUUUAAUGCAAUGUUUAUAUAUACCUAUUUAAAAGAAUAUUUUUAUUUUGUAUACUAUUUCGAGUUACGCUGGGCAUUACCACGCUGACGACUUUAGCAUGUUGUGUUAUGUUGUUGCUAGGCGACAAGGAAGUCAGGGAAUGUCAGGAGGUGACUUUCACCAAAGAUAUUUUAAGUGCAGGUGGCCAAUCACAGAGCGGACUUGGCUUCUGACUGUCAGUUCAACCAGACGAGUGAUUCAGAGCAGUGGAAGGAGUUGUGCCUGAGAUCCUUGAAUCCUGAUUGGGCUGUUCUGCUUCAAUCCUGAGGCUCUAGAGCCAGUGACACUGACACAACUUGUCACUGCUCGGCAUGUUUUCACUGCUGAUUUUUAAAGCAAUAGUUCAACAUUUUGGGAAAGGCGUCUGUUUGCUUUCUGGUGGAGAGUUAAAUGCGGAGAUACGACAUGAAGACCACAGCAAGCUUAAUGUUUAACUUACCCAAACUCUGUCCAGCAUCUUCCUACCAGCAGCUCUAAAACUCACCAAUUAACACGCUGUCUCUCCUUUUUGUUUAAGUCUAACACAAAUGACAGAUUGUCAUUUUACAGGGGGGUUACGUGCUGGAUUAUUUCUUGUCUCCGAGCCGUCGCUUGGCAACCACAGAGGCUCCAGUAAGUUACUGUGCCUGGCCAAUAGAAAUGCUCUGGCAUAUUACCCACCAUAAACCAGAAAAUAAGAGAAGAAGAAGAUAUUGAGCUAAUUAGUGACCUUACAGGUGCUGAUUGGCCAAUUUUGUUUGCAUAACCUUAAAGUAGCUUGGGCAGAUAUGAGAGAAGUAUAGCUUUUCACAUUUAACUUGCAGCAAGAAAGCAAAUUAUGUAUUUCUCAAUUGUUUUUCUUUUGCUUUAAGUAGGGCCUCACUGGGUUUUUCUUCUUUUUUCUUUUUUUUUUAUACCACCAAGUGGAAUAAAAACUUUCCCACUAACUGACUAUCAGUCUGUAGGAGAAAAAAAAAAAACACCUUAGGUACUCUUGUCCACUGCCUCUGCAGAGAAUGCUGUAUUCUUCCUCAUUACUGUGUUUCACUAUCAGUGUCUUCUUGUUUCUCAUUAAUGGCUCUCUGCAGGGCAGUUACAGCAUCAGUCUUAACAAACGUACACCAGGGUUUUGACAGGUGUGAAGGGACUGGAGAUAUUAUUGGCAUCCUUAAAUUCAAAGCAUACCUAAAAAUGAUCCUGGGUGACGUUAUCUGGUCGUACAGCCCUGUCUAUCCUGGUUAGGCUCUGUUUGAAGGGCUGCUGCUGUAACCAGGUGAUUUAAAGUAAAAAAAAAAAAAACUUGUUGAUGUCGGACCACACUGACAUGCUGAAAUCCUCUGAUUCAUUUCUGUUUCAUACCCAGUCACUGUUUAUUUUUAUUCCAUUUUGGUGCCUGAAUGGGAUUGAGGACCAGAUCACAUGAGGUCCAUCUCUUUGUGGAUUGGAUGUAGAUAACCGAACGAAUGUGGUUAAUAAUAAAGAUUUAUAUUGGUACGUCCCAGGACCCUAACCCUUUUUAUCACUGCAAAUAUGUCAUCACGCUCCCAUAUGGAUUUUACAGCAGAGGCUGUUUUGAUAGUGACAUUUCCAUGAGUGGAGAAAAUCAAAGGGUGAAGACAGCUGGAGGGGAAAAGACAUCUCAUUACCAGUUCAUGUAUUCUCAGUUACCACAAUGGUGUUACAAACAGGUGGCCUUUCAUGUUGUUGCCUUUCUGUUUAGUCACACUUGUUGAACAUCCUUUUCCUCUGUGAGCCUCCUCUCCUUCACCUGCUUUGAUUGCAGUGAGUGCAUAACUUCAGGCAGUGUUAAAGGAUUAUUGCCAGGCUGAUCAACUGGCCUGUAUUCAAAUAGAAAUCAAUAAAAACUUGAACAGAUGAGCCUUUUGUAGCAGGAUUACAAAGUCUGAGAAUUAAUAUUUCAUGUGCUGUUGUGAACUUCACAUUGACUGCUUCUGUCAGGUUUCAGGUUGAGUGUAAAGGAGGCGGAGGGAAGUACUGUUGAGAUGAAUCAGUACAGUACGGUGUACAUCUAGAUCACUGGCGCUGCUCUGUGCCUCUGAAGUGUGAGGAAUCAUACACAAAUGCCAUACAUGUGCCCAUUAUUCUGCUUUGUUUGCAAACUCUGACCUUAAAUCAGCUCCUCGGUGCUUAUGUUUUGUUUGCGGUUAUUAUCCCUUUGAAUGUAGCAAAUCUUUCAACUGAGUGAUACUGUUGACAUAAUUGGCAUGUGUUUUUUUUUUUUUUUUUGUAGUUGGUAGCAGCUACCACCACUGAAAUUUCAGUUUUUAAUGGAUUUCAUGUUGCGUCAAAGGAGACAUUUUAAGUUUUGCUUUAAAUCCUGCUUCUAUGUCAGAAUGUUGUCUUUUCUCAAAUGACAUAAAUUUUUUGUCUGCUUUCUUUGGGCCCAACCCGUAAGAUCACAUCU